UCGAGUUACCUGAAGAAUGGAGAGAAUACCAACCACUUACGAUGCGAGGGAACGAAUCUGGAGUGGAGCCAAACGGGUUGCUACAUUUACCGAUGAGACCUCUCUCGGGAAGGUAAUAUUGAACGUCAUGAGGAACUGGCCAAGGAACGUCUGUCAGAUUAGCGAUGAGGAUGGCGUGGAAAUGACCUUUCAGCAGGCCAUUACUUGGGCUAUUCGGAUUGCACAGAUCUUGAAGAAGAAGGGACUGCAGCAUCCGGACGUAAUUGGCAUUACGGCCAGGAACUCCACAUAUGUAACACCUGUGGCGACAGCGUGUCUGCUGAAUGGAACACCCUUCCACGCGGUGAAUCCGGUAUCGGACGAAACUGCCUUGACACACAUUUUCUCCAUAACCAAACCAACUGUGAUUUUCUGCGAUGGUCAGGAGUACCAGAAGAUUCUUUCCGCAACGAAAGGUUGGCAGCCAGAGAUCUUUACACUCACUGAUCCCAUUGAAGGAGUGCCACAUAUCGAAACCCUAUUAGAACCCACUCAAACCGAAAUGUUUUAUCAACCAGAACCUUUAAAGGAAGGAGGCGAACAGACUGUGGCCAUUUUGUGCUCUUCUGGUACAACUGGAUUGCCCAAGGCAGUCUGCAUAUCAAAUCGAUCGCUCUUUUUGGAUACAUCUAUGAUGAACAGCGAAAUGGUCGCAUAUUCCGCCAGUGGUCUGGAUUGGUACAGUGGUUUGACUGCUUUCAUCUUAAGCACAGUCGUUGGCGUCACCCGGAUUAUAACCAACAAGCCCUUUUCCCCGGACUACUUCGUCAAGCUCGUUCAGAAAUAUAGGAUCAACUCCGUAAUUCUGCCUCCUCGCCAUAUGUCUGCCCUGAUUGCCUUUUCAGGAGCUACAAAAGAGGCCUUGGCUUCCAUUCGGAGCGUAGCCUACGGCGGCGGAUUUUCAUCCAUGACCACUCUGAAAAAAAUGCAAGAGCUCUGUCCAAAUGCAAUGUUGAACUCAGGUUACGGAAUGACCGAGGUGGGCGGGAUAUCCUAUAAUUUGGGACUCGGAAACGUCAACACUGCAGGUAAACCACUGCCAGGAAUACGAAUUCGCAUUGUGGACGACGAUGGCAAGAACCUGGGUCCCAAUGAGCAGGGCGAGAUCUAUAUCUACACAGGUCUUCAGUGGAGAGGCUACUAUGGAAAUCCAGUGGAGACUCGGAAAACACAGGACCAUGAAGGAUGGGUUCACAGCGGCGAUCUGGGCUAUUUUGAUGAUCAGAACCUGCUCUAUGUGGUCGAUCGCAAGAAGGAGAUCCUCAAGUACCAGGGAAACCACUACUGGCCCUCCGAGAUCGAAGGUGUUAUUGCGGAGAUGCCACAGGUGGGGGAGGUGUGUGUCGUAAGCAUCUACGAUGAGCAGCAGGGAGAUGCAGCUGGAGCACUGGUGGUCAAGAGAGAGGGAUCCCCAAUUACCGCUCAGGAGAUUGUAGACUAUGUGGCCAAGAGACUUCCCUCCAUUCAAAAGCAGCUUCAUGCCGGUGUUCAGUUUACGGAUAAACUGCCCGCCAAUCCAAAUGGAAAGACGUUGCGACGGGUGGCCCGAGAAGAAUUCGUUGCUAAGAAAGGGGCUGGGAAAUGA